UAUUUAAAAUACCAACGUGAUAAAAAUGAAACUCUUACUCAAGAAAAACAGAAAUGAACAAUAAAAUAAAACCGAUGCCACGCAUAUAAAGGAUUUAUAGUGAAAAACUUUGUUUUUACGGGUUAAUUUUUUAUCAUCGAAAAUAUAAUAUUUGCGAACAUCUAUAGACCAAAAGUUCGGGUGCGCAGUGGACAAAUGCGGAACUGGAUUCGUGGUCGAUACAUACAAUUGCGCGAAUAUAUAUGAUGGACGUCCAUGUGACGUUAUACCGCGUGUAUCAUAUUUCGGACGCACACUCACUCACUUAUCCGCGUUGCUCUUGCAAAUUAACGAUGCUCGAUGGGCCCUCACUUGGUUAAACAGAGGCACGUUUGACUGUGUGACGAGGGCCGGGUUUGAGCGAUGGGUUUCAGGGGUUCAAUGAGUCUCAAGUCGGUGCCAAAUUCUCAGGCUGACGUUAGGAGUUCCCCUAACAUUGUGCCUCAUGGAUAUGUUUGUCAUUUUGGGCAGUCGAUCAGCCAGCUCAUCACUCAGCUUAUCCAUGUAUCUAUAUGUCAGUAAAGCAAUCACCUCGUCAGCCGUACAGUCAUUUCGAUAAUAAUAUGCAAACAACAAGAAUAAUUAUAAUGUACAGCCCAAUUUGCCAUAACACACCACCUUGGCGAUUUAUCCCAUUGCUGGCUCUCAUUUAUGCCAGAAACCCAAUCAAAAGAAACAUUGUGCGUCACAUGAGUCACACCCUAAGGGUUCUUAUUAGCAAUUCGUUUAUAGCCCUUUAUCAACCCACUGCUGAAUGAAUGCCUCCCCACACCAUAUGAAUCAUGGGAGGUUGUUUAACCAUAUACUUCACCACACCGGUCAGUGUGCGUUUACAGAAGUGGGGAGGACCAGGACCGGUUGAGGUAUCACUCUAAACUAAACCAUUUUUAAAAAAAUAUUCUACCAAGUAAGGCUCAAUUAGCUCUAUCACUCUUUUUCAGAAGCGAUCUGGACACAUAUGACAGCUCAGUGAAGUGGCUUAUAAUGUGUAACAUCCACGUAACCACGGUGAGACUAUGCAAACUUUAUACCAGGCAAGGUAGUUAACUGCUCGCCACCGUGAGACCCAAUGAUGUAUGUUAUGGCCAGGAAUUAAAUUCUGGAUGCUCGGUUUGUAUCACAGUGCACAAACCACUGCGCUACGGAUGGCUCUAUGUUGCCUGUAUGAAUGUAAACCGGAGUUUAAGGCCCGAGUGCUGAUGUGUGACACAUUCUAAUCGGCCAGAAAAUGCCAUUAAUUGGCAUACAUAUCACAUGUGGUGGAGGUUCACACAUUUUGUCUUGUGUCGAUGAUGCAAUUGGGCCAUAGUUUAACAACUAUAUUGACAUAACAGGCAACGUCUAGUUGUCUUCUUCUUUAUUACUAGACGAUGAUGUCAGCUUAGUCAGAGUUUGAAGCAGAGAUAAAAGCUACUUCGUGGAUCGAGCCAAGAUGAGAUCACAGGCAAUUGACAUUUUUUGACGGUCUUCCCAUAAACUUUCAGAUUGAAAUGUCUUCAGCUGUGGUUUACCCCAUGCUCGUCUGCCAAAAACCCCCAGCACAGCUGCAGUUGACACAAUUCAAGUACAAACCCAAAUUAUAUACGAGAGCAUGUUCUGUUUAUUAUUUUAACAUUUCUGGGUUACGAUUCCUCCAAGAUAUUGUUCGUGCAAUGCAGUUCAUCAUCAUCAUGAACAGCCAUAGUCAAGCCACUGCUGGGUGAAGGCCUCCCAAAGACACUAUCAUCUCCUACGAUCUUCCGAUAUUGCAAUAAUACAGUAAUAAUGCAGCAAUAAGGAAAAAAGUCGAUGGGGAGCCGAGUGGUUCACACCCUGUCUGUUGGUCCAGUUAAGUUUGCAGGAUUUGAUGGUUUGAUUCCCGCUACCAUCCAGAUAUACGUCAUUAUCAUGAACCAUUUUCCGCCCACUGUUGGAGGAAAGCCUCCCCUUAUUCAAUCCCUUAUUCAUUCCCACAUGCAUACCCUUAGUCGUUCACUUAUUCAUUUCCUUACUCUCUACUUUCACCCUCAUACCCCUGCAUCCCAGGGUCUCCCAGCUUAUCCCUCCCCUCUGAGCCCUGUUUUCGCCAGGACGUCAACAUUCCAGGAGAUGAGCUGUUGCGUGUUCCCAAAUUCUUCCCCAAGUCCUCCGCAGAAACACAGAGAUAUCGGGGUGGCCCCUGACAUGGUUUUUAAUCAAUCAAUCCCGUGUAUGCUAACAACGUACGGCUUAGCUAUUGAUUAAAUACAUUUUAAACAUCAUUUACUUCUUGUGAUAAUUGGACAAACAUCAAUAAUAAUAAUAAUAAUUUUGUUGUUUAGUACCCAGGAAAGCCUCAAUGAUAUUCAGAACUUUUUCAGAAGGAUCCUACUUUGGGAUGCUUGGCCAAUUGCCAUUAAUACGCGUGUUGUAUACGGAAGAAAACUGGAGGAAUCCAAUGCACAUGGGGGGAUAACACUCAAAGUUUUACACGGAUAGAUUUAAGAAUAUAUUCUUGUUACUUAAGGCUGCAUCGGUGUCCUCUGCAGUUGUGAGUUGGCCUUGAUGUGGGACGGAAUUAUGGUGACCCUCGUUGCUUGCCCCAUUCUUAAUUAAAUCUCACAUAGUUUUCCCUCUUGUACGACCCUGCAAGUAUAUCCCCACCCAAAUCUCCUGUGUAAACACAGGGCCUCUGCGCCAUUUAAUGAAGGGUGUCAUUAAUUGUGGCAUCAAAUGGUCAUUUCAAGAGACAAACAAAAUUGAGAAUCAAUUAAUGACCUGGCCGCUCCAGCCUCGCCAUGGCAGCGCGAGAUUGAAAGUGACACUCUCUCAUGGUUCGGAAUUGCGUGACGCGGCUGGGUAAAACUAAACUAGUUUAAUUUUAGCAGGUAAGGCCCCGCUGAGCUACAUAGCAAUUUUCUUUUCAGAAGCGACCCGCCUAUCACAAAUGGUAACUCAAUGAAGUGGCUCAUAGCGUGGAAAUUCACAGCAGCCAAAUACUCCAAACGCACGUUGAUUCUAAAUGUGGAGGAAAAACCCGGAGGGAGCCGGAGAUAAGUCCACGCAAACACAGGGAGAACAUUUAAACUCCAAAUAUGCAGGCGUUAGGGUCGGAAUCGAACCCACGACCUCCUGCAUACCGGGCGAGGUAGUUAACAUCUCGCCGCCGUGGCACCCCAAGUAAAGCAGGAUUUCGGUGUCACUUAAAUAAAGGGUGUCAUUAAUUGUGGCAUCAAGUGAUCCUUUCAAGAAAUAACAAACAAACAAAAAUAAUCCAUCAUUGCACCGCCGUCUCCUGACCCCUGCAUCCCCCGGUGUGCCACGCCCGGCGAGUUUGCCCACCGAGGUGAGCGCGAGGCCAGGGUGGAAGAGCCGCCGCCACUUCUCCGCCCGGUGCCCAAUAAAGGUCACGGGCCAGCGGACCAGCUGGCGCCAAGGCAUUCACGUCGUCGCGUCUUGGAACGGCGAUAGCGCUCGUCUGGCGGGCAAUAAAGGUGGUGGCUCCGAGUCGCUGCCGUGAACCGGGACCCGUGGCCAAGGUCCACGUGCCACUCCUCGUCCUUGCCGAGAGCGCACGGGAUUGCCACGGCUAUUUAAAUGUGCUCGCCGUGACGGCAAACUAUUUAUUGCCAAAGCAGACGCGAAUGAAUGUUAACGGCGAUAUAUAUAUAUACGUUAUAGAGCAACGGUUUUUUUUUGUUACACACGAACUUUAGACAUGGCAGGUUGUUUUUUUUUUUAAUGCUUCACAAGGAGAGGCACUCGGUAUGUCAGGGUGUUGGCGGUGACGUGGGUAGUAUGAGGCGGUUCAGCGGUAUAGCUGUUGACUCAUACAACUGAUGAAGAUAAUGGGGUCUUGCCUCGGUCAACAUGCGAUGGGUGUUUAAUUCAGGUUCAUGUUCAAAUACUUGAUGUGAGCCAGGCGGUGGUGGCUGUGCACGUGGCCUGUACUCCAGCACUGUUGGUGAAUCACACACAGAUGUUGUGAAACUCCCUUCCCGUAAGGCGUCAACGCGCCAUGCGCUGGCUUGCCAGGAGAAGGUCCCAUUUGUUCCAUCUGUAUGGCAUCCAUUUGUUUCCCCCCCGUGCAUCACGUGGGGUUCCCCCCAGGUGCUCCGGGUUUCCUCCCACGUGUAAGCACUCGUUAAUUUGCUGAAAAUAAUUAUUCAUGUAUAGAGGACCGCAGAGCUUGGACAAAUUGUUGGCGCCAGCUCACCGCCUGACCGCCUUCACACUCGUCUGUGGUUCCUCGCGCCUCUGAGUCGUUCUUCUCUCCCUCCGAGAGCGAGCGGAUGCUGUGCGGCGGUGGCGUCGGUGCGUUACAAGUUCAAUUAUCAUUGGACAUCCGGUAGGACAAUAAAAAAAAUGUGAGAGCCCUUCUAAAUAAUUUUUCCCUCUUGCCGACGGUUUAAACACGCAUGUGUUCUUUUUAAUUCGUUGCAUGAAUUGCAUUUGGGAUGGAGUGAAUUAAUCGGCAAGGUGACUCAGCGACUGAUCGAUCGAUCGAGCGACUUCAACUCCCGGUCGCGAGUUGACUCAGCCUAUCAUCCUUCUGGGGUCGAAAAGUCGAGGUUUAAAAGUGCAUAGCUCCAGUGGCUUCCUAAUAUCGGAAGGAAGAGCAUUCCAGACGGCCGCAAAAGCGCAUCUGAAAGCGCGCGAUGCGAUGACCGUCUUUGUUCGGUGGUCAGCCAAAUGCCGCUGCUGCUGCGAGGAUGACCGGAGUUUGCGUGACGGGUUAUGCUGCUUGACAAGACCAGCAAAGCAUUGUGGUUCACUUGUGGCGAUCACUUUGUGUCCAACGAGCGCGACGAUAUAAAGGAGUGCGACCUCAUUAAAAAAGUUAACCCGUAAAAACAAAGUUUUUCACUAUGAAUCCUUUAUAUGCGUGGCGGCUAGAGUCCUCUCGUCCUCUGGCUUGAGAUGGCUGCCACCUAUGGGUCAGAUGAUUGCCUGCCACCAUUAAGCAAUUGGUAAUUAAAUAUAAAAAAAAAUCCUAAAAAGUGUAAAGUUUUGGAAACAUUGUUUCACUAAAAUAAAUUGUCACGUACAACGAGUCUGUGUGCAAAAUGUCAGCUCGAUUGGAUCACAGGAAGUGGGUUAAAAAACGACCGAAAGAUUUGAACGGUCGUAAGCGCGCAAGAAAGCAAGUGAACUUAAUAUAAAGGAUUUAAAAAGAUGCUGAUGACGACGUCGACUGAAUGUUUAACUGCGCCUCACUAUUGCAGAGCGCCUCACACGUGUGCACACGUGCUUCUCUCAGGCCACGUGGAGAGACGGAAGACGUGACGGGAGGGGGAGGCACGCGACCUUCGCGAGCGGCACGUCCACCUCCACCGUGCGAGCCGCGCAGGAAUGACCCGCGGGGUGCACGAUUAGCGCACGUUCGUGAUUAAUGGCUCGAUUGAUAGGCUGGACAUCGAGGUGGUGUCGCUUCGACGGGUUUUCUCGGUGGGUUCGCCUCGGAUUUGCCUGAAGGUAGAUCGCUGCGGUUAAGCCGCCGUGCAUUCGGAUUGAGCCAGAAGACAAUGGAGUUCGCAAGCGACGUCAUGCACAGGUCAAGGACUCUCCCGUCUGUCCCUCUGAUCUUGCUGCUGCUGCUGCUACUGGGAGUGUUGUCCGGGGUGCCUGCUCGGACGCACGGGGUGGAUCUUUCCCGGAAGGAAGAUGGACGGUGCCGACGUGUCGAGCCCCCGCUCACGCAGUACGAAGACGUGGAGCCUUGGCUAUCAAGUUUCUCCUUCCCAGGAGCUGAGGGCUACUCACAGCUGUCGCUGUACCCCCCGCGGGCGCAGCUGCUCGUCGGAGCCAGGAACCACCUCUUCCGAUUAAACCUCAGCAGCCUGGCUGUGGUUCAGUCCGUGGAGUGGCGAUCGGACGAGGCGACGAUCAGGGCAUGCAUUAGCAAGGGCCGCUCCGUGGACGAGUGUCAGAACUACCCGAAGGUGCUGCUCGUUCGGGGCAAGCACGUCUUUGCUUGCGGCACGAACGCCUUCAGCCCCGUGUGCGCUCGCAGGCAGGCGGAGGACCUGUCGGUGACGCACGAGCGUGUGAGCGGGGUGGCGCGCUGCCCCUACGACCCGCGCCACCACUCGGCGGCGCUGCUAACGCCGCGCGGGGAGCUCUACGCCGCCACCGUCAUGGACUUCUCUGGGCGCGACCCGGCCAUCUACCGUAGUCUGGGGGGCCUGCCCCCCCUCCGCACGGCGCAGUACAACUCACGCUGGCUCCACGAUCCCAGCUUCGUGUCGGUCUACGAUAUCGGCCACUUCGCCUACUUCUUCUUCCGCGAGCGUGCCGUGGGAGAGGCGACCGAGUGCCCCAACGGUGCUGGUGGCGGCGGCAUCGGCGGCAUCGGCGGAGCGGGCGGUGGCGUGGUUUCGCGAGUCGCCCGCGUGUGCAAGAACGACCAGGGCGGCCGCUACCUGCUCGAGGGCACGUGGACGACGUUCAGCAAGGCGCGGCUCGACUGCAGCUCGCCCGGAGAGGCGGUCGGCGGUGGUGGUGGCGGCGUGGCAACGACGUACGAGCAUCUGCGCUCGACGUUCUACCUGCCCGAGCAAGACCUCGUCUACGCCGUUCUCUCCACGCGAGUGAGCAGCAUCGAGGUGUCCGCGGUGUGUUCGUUUAACCUGACGGCGAUCCAGCGGGCUUUCAGCGGCCCCUUCGCCUACCAGGAGCACCCUCGCGGGCCGUGGAGCCACCGCCCGAACCCCGACCCCAACUUCCAGUGCGGAACAGCGAGCGGAGAGGAGGAGGAGGAGGGGGAGGGGGAGGAGGAGCCGGAGGAGAAGAGCGCCCGGGCGACGUGGACAUCAGGAGGCGUGGGAAACCCUGGCGGCGGUGCCGGCGGUGGUGGCCGGCGGGGUACGGGCGUGAGUCUGGAGGACCGGCACAAGCAGGUGCUGAUGCAGGGCGUCGUGCGAUCGGCCACGGGGACACCGCUGUACGCGCACGGACCCGGCCGCCUCUCCCACCUCGCGGUGGACAUCGUGCAGGGCAAGGAGGCGCUCUACCACGUCAUGUACCUGGCCACAGACACCGGCACGAUCCGCAAGGUCUUGGCGUCCGGCCACGGCGACCUACGCGGCUGCGUGCUCGAGGAGCUCCGUCUGUCGCCGUCGGACGCUCGCGGCGGCGACGACGACGACGGCGGCGGCGGCGGAGGGAGCUGGGACGCCGCGUGGGACGAGGGUCCCCGGGGGCACGAGGCGGACGGGCCGCACGGCGGGCCGGAGCUGCUCGUGCGCAGCCUCCUCAUCGUGCAGGAGGAGCGCGCGCUGUACGUGGGCCUGCGCUCGCGCGUCCUCCGCAUCCCGCUCGAGAGAUGCCACGUGCACGCCACGCGGGGGGCGUGUGUGUCGGCGAGGGACCCGUACUGUGGCUGGGACGUGCGGCAACAGCGCUGCACGACCAUCGAGCGCAGCAUCAGCAUGAGCCUGUGGAUGCAGGACAUCUCGCGCUGCCCCACGCGGAAUCAAACCGUGGACGGUGGCUUCGGGGCGUGGACGCCGUGGCGGGGGUGCGAGCACGCCGACGGAUUGGGCGUGGGGGGCCACUGCUCGUGCCGGACGCGGGCGUGCGACCGCCCGGCCCCGCGCUGCGGGGGUCGCGCGUGCGAGGGCGCCCGCACGCAGGUGGCCAACUGCUCCAGGAGCGGAGGCUGGAGCCCCUGGGCACCGUGGUCCGAGUGCAGCGCCACCUGCGGGGGCGGCGCUCAGAGGCGAACGCGCGCCUGCAGCAACCCCACUCCCCGGCACGGUGGCCGGGCCUGCGAGGGACAGAGCUACGAGGAGAGACUUUGUAAUGAGAGGACACCGUGCCCACCUGUUGUCUCCUGGUCACACUGGGGGAUCUGGUCAGACUGCACCAAACCGUGCGAUGGGGGGUUCCAGGUGCGACGUCGGAUCUGCCUGCACGGGAGCCACUGCCCCGGCUGCGACGUGUCGCACCGCGCGUGCAAUGAGGAGCCGUGCGGGGAGGCACGCGCCCACACGCCCUGGACGCCGUGGGCCACCUACAACGCGAGCAGUGACCAUGGCGGCGGCCGCGGCGUGGGCCCCGUCGGAGCGCGCUGGGAGCGGCGCUUCCGCUUCACGUGCCGAGCGCGGGGGUUGCCGACGCCCGACGGUGUCCACGUGGGGCACGCGCGCUCCGAGACGCGCUACUGCCCCGCCGGGCUGCCCGACGCCUGCCCGCCCGAUCACGGCGCCACGGACUCGAGGUCCCCUCCCCAGGGCCCCGCCACGGCCCCGUGGGCCCCGUGGGCCGCGUGGUCGCCCUGCUCCGUGUCGUGCGGCCGGGGCUUCCGCGUGCACCGCCGCGCCUGCCUGCAGCCCGACUCGUGGGUCAAGGGUCAGGCGGCGUGCGCGGGGUCACCGGAGGAGUACGAGGAGUGCGAGGAGAAGCCGUGCCAGGGGCGCAGCUUCUGGUGCUCCUGGGGCCCGUGGUCUCCAUGCUCGCCGUCGUGCGGAGUGGGCCGGCGCGAGCGCUCGCGGACGUGCGAGGGGGACCACUGCGUCGGCGAGAGGGUGCAGCGCGAGGAAUGCAACAACCACACUUGUCCAGAGGCGAGCUGGUCUCAGUGGGGCCCGUGGGGAGCGUGCGAAAUGGUGCGCCGCCGCCAGGCUCGCGCGAGGAGCUGCCCGGGCGAGCGCCUUUCGGGGACUCGCUGCGCGGGGAACGCCACCGAGACGAGGGCCUGUGGAGACACCACUGUCCCACCUUCAGCCACAGAAUUUGACGCAGCGGUGAAUGAUUCCCAGUGUGGCGGAGGCUUCGGCACCGUGGAGCUCCUCGCCGUCGGCGCCGGCUGCGGCUUGGCCUCGGCGCUGCUCACGCUCGCGGCGCACGCCGUCUGGUCCGCUCUCCGCCCGGGGUGCCGGGGCGGCCACUCCGAGCCGGCGGGCGCGCACCCGCAGAAGAACCCGGCGCUGAUGCGGACGAUGUCGCGCGCAGGCAGGGCGGCGCGGGGCUCCUCAACGGCGUCGCCCUCCUCCUCGUCGUCCACGUCGUCCACCUCCUGCCGCUCGGCCGAAGUGCUCAAGGCUCUCAACAAGUUAAACGCCGAAGCAGACGAGAAGGAGAGAGCAUCAUACGUGGAGCGUCAUCACACCAUGCAAGCCUUCACAGACGACUACCACUCCUGCACGAGCCUCUACCAGCAAAGCUGAAGCAAUACACCAACUGUAUCAACAACAGACUUGCUGACUGCCUGUCCAGUCUAGACGAGUGGCUGGCUUGCGUGAUGGAUAGUUGACAGGCUGACGUCCUAUAUGGAUGACUGGCUGGCUAUUUGGAUAACUGGCAGUAGGGGCAGAUCCCCAGUUGCCACUGUGAUUACCCUGUGUCAAUGGCCAAUUUGGGAGGAAGAAGAAAAAAAAACAGUCCACAAAGCGGUGUACUCGUACUGGUUACGUUUGAUAUCUAGACGGGUGUCUGGAUCCUAGUCACCUGCUGUGACUGAGAGGCAAGCAGUUCUGAAUGUGGAAACAAAAAAGGCAGCUAAUAACGUAUAUAUUUGUUCCUCCUGGAAAAUCAAACUGACGGAAGCACGUCGAUGAAAUGUCACUAUUUAAAAGUAGCCCCCUUCCCCCCCCCCCCAUGGCCAUUGCCUGGCAUGAGGUUUUUUUUUCUGACGAUCGGAGCUCCAGAGGGACUUUGUUUUCUUUCUUAAACCUCACUACUGGAAUUGUGGUCAUAAAAUAUGUAUAUAUAUUUUUUUUUAAACUAUAUUGUAAAUAUUCUAUCUUCUAUUUUACCUUUUGUUUUUUGUAAAUAGCAAAACUUACAAAUUGUGGCAUUUUCGUGUUUGUGUGUUUUUUUACACAACUGUUGGAGGGGAAAAGAUUCACUGCCACCCAAUCCCACCCCCAACCCUGGCGAUUUUAUGAAUUUUCUUUAAACUCAAAAUACUAUUGGUUUUUAUUACACUGUGGUGAAUGUUGGGAGACAUGAUUACAUUAUAUGUAAAAUAUAUAUAUAAUUUAAAGCCCUAUGUCAAUAAAAAAAAUUGUUAUUUAAACUAUUUUUUUAUUUUACAAGGUAAGCCCCACUGAGCUAUGUAGCUAUUUUUCAGAAGCGACCUGGCCACAAAUAAUAGCUCAACGAAGUGGCUUACCACGUGGAAAUUUAUAGCAGCCAAAUAAUCUAAACGCGUGUUGAUUCUAAAUGGGAAAAACCGGAGGACCCAGAUAAAAAUCCACACGACCACAAUGCAAACUGCAAAUAUACAGACGUCGGGGUCGGGAUCGGGAUCGAACCGACGACCUCCUGUAUACCUGGUGAGGUAGUUAACAUCUCGCUACCGUGGCACCCAGUGCUGGAUGAAGGCCUUCCAAUGCCGUGUUGGUCAUGGCGGUUGUUUGGCCAUACUUUAUCACGCUGAGUUGGUGCAGGUGGGAGAUUCAUUAUUGCGUUGAUAUAUCUGAUGUUAGCCGUGGGCGGGAAUCAAACUCUGGUUGUUGGAUUCACAGUGCAAUAAAUAGAUACGAAUCGAUUUUCUUUAAAUAUUUUGUUCGUGUGAUUCAAUGGACGCUUCGUGAGCUUAAGAAUCAAAUCAGUCGAUUCAUCAUCGUUCCACUCCUCGCGGCUCGGCCGUGCAUAAUGAAAGUUUCAAAUGUUGUGUGUGAAAUGAUGAAACCUGUUAGAGUACAACACCGCAGCGAUGAUUCACUAUUAUAUAAUAUAAUUGUGUAUUUUUUUUUAUUGUGGACAUUUGUUUACCGAUCAUUUACAUUAAACCGUUGCAUUUUCCGUGCAAGGUUAUAACAAUGCAGUAGAAAAUAUCCGCUGUUAUUGUCGAUCACGUUUUUACAAGCACGAUUCGUUGUUGUGUUUUCUGUGUAAAGAAUGCAUCAUUAAAGUGUCCGGUGCAUUA